AUGUUCAAAAACGGGGACGUCACGUCACAUUACCAGAUUUUGGGGUCUGGGCUCACGAAUAACCGAUCGUCGGCUAGCAUUGGUAAUCCUGUGAACCGUCAUUACGGCCCACUUACCAAGAAGAAGAGGUUGGGAAACAGCAGUGGCUUGGGAAAGGUCCGUCAUCAUGGCAAGGUCACGCCGGCAUCACCUCUCGACGCCGCCCUCAGCCUCACAACGAUGCGGAGCUUAUUGCUGCUCGCGGCCAUCGGCUUCGCUGCCGCAGAAGACGGUCUCAGUGGCUGGUUGCGGUAUGCCCGGAUCAAGGGAGCCAAUGGUUACCACAACAAACUCCCAUCCGCCAUCGUCACCCUGAACGCAACCGAGGGAUCCCCGGUUUACACAGCAGGCCAGGAACUCUCCGAUGGUAUCAGUGGAAUCUUCGGCAAGGACUUGGAUUUUGCUACAACGAGUUCCCGCAAGCCCCCUCGGGACACCACAGCUACCGUUGGAACCGUUUCCGCAUACAUCGACAGCAACCCUGGCGCUGCAGACCGCCUUCCGGAGCUAGUCGACGAUGGCUUCUACCUCAGCGUCUCCAAGGGGAACGUCCUGAUUCUCGGCCAGAACGAGCGCGGUGCCCUCUAUGGCGCCUUCCACUACCUCUCCCUGCUCGCCCAGGGCAACGCCUCGGACUUCACCCUGACCUCCAACCCUGAGGCGCCAAUCCGCUGGGUGAACCAAUGGGACAACAUGCAAGACGGUGGCACACACGGCAGUGUGGAGCGAGGCUAUGGUGGUGACUCUAUCUUCUUUUGGGAUGGCAAGAUCCGCGAUGACCUGACCCGGGCUGGUCAGUACGCCCGCCUGCUCGCCUCCAUUGGCCUCAACGCUGUGGUUGUCAAUAACGUCAACGCGGACGCGAAGACCCUAACGCCGGAGAACAUGGACGGUCUGGGGAGGAUUGCGGAUGCGUUCCGGCCGUAUGGCGUUCAGCUGGCCGUGUCGCUCAACUUCGCCGCCCCUGACACCUUGGGCGGCCUCGGCACAUUCGACCCCUUGGACGAGACUGUUGCCAACUGGUGGAAGGACAUCACGGACGAGCUCUACAAGAGGAUCCCUGACAUGGCCGGCUAUCUCGUCAAGGCCAACUCGGAGGGACAACCGGGUCCCAUGACGUACAACAGGACCCUGGCUGACGGCGCCAACAUGUUCGCCCACGCUCUCAAGCCUCAUGGCGGAAUCAUUUUGUUCCGUGCUUUUGUUUACGACCACAGGACGCUCAACCAAACCCUCGACUGGAAGGCCGACCGCGCCAACGCUGCCGGUGACUACUUCCACGAUCUUGAUGAUAAGUUUGAGGACAACGUCGUCAUCCAGAUCAAGUACGGCCCCAUCGACUUCCAGGUCCGCGAACCUGUCUCCCCGCUCUUCUCCCACCUGGUCAAGACCCCUUCGGCCAUCGAGCUGCAAAUCAGCCAGGAGUACCUCGGCCAGCAGGCACACCUGGUGUACCUCGCCCCCAUGUGGAAGGAGAUCCUCGACUUUGACUUCCGUGUGGACGGCAAGCCCUCGCGCACCUCCGACAUCCUCAACGGAAAGCGCUUCAACCGCAAGCUUGGCGGCUACGCGGGCGUCGUCAACGUCGGCACCAACACGACCUGGCUGGGCAGUCAUCUCGCCAUGUCCAACCUCUACGCCUACGGCCGCCUCGCCUGGGACUCGUCGGCCACCUCCGAGGGCAUGCUCGAGGAGUGGAUCAAGAUGACCUUCAGCGACGACAAGAAGGUCAUCGACGUCAUUACCAAGCUUUCGAUGCAGUCGUGGCCCGCGUACGAGGACUACACUGGUAACUUGGGCAUCCAGACACUGACCGACAUCCUCCUGGGCCACUACGGCCCUAACCCGGCUUCGCAGGACGGUAACCCCUGGGGCCAGUGGACGCGCGCGGACGGUGACAGCAUCGGGAUGGACCGCACGGUGUGGAACGGUACUGGUUUCGCUGGGCAAUACCCGCCCCAGAUCGCAGCGAUGUACGAGAAGGUGGAAACCACGCCGGACAAUCUGCUCCUGUGGUUCCACCACGUGCCCUACACCCAAGUGCUCAAGUCAGGCAAGACGGUGAUCCAGCACUUUUACGAUGCGCACUACGAGGGCAGCGCUGUGGCGCAGACCUUCCCUCAACUCUGGGAGACGCUGCGGGGCCGGCCGGGCAUCGAUGAGGAGCGCUUCGACCACGUCAUGUACCGGCUCGUGUACCAGGCGGGCCACUCGCUGGUGUGGCGCGACAGCAUCAACACCUUCUACGCCAACAAGUCGGGCAUCGCUGACACCAAGGGCCGCGUCGGCAACCACCCCUACCGCAUCGAGGCUGAGGCCAUGAAGCUGGUCGGGUACGAGCCCUACACCGUGUCGCCCUUUGAGGCCGCCAGCGGCGCCCGCUGCAUCGUCACCAAGGACAACUCGACCCGCGCCACCGCCAGCGUCAAGCUGGAGGACGUCAAGACCGGCAAGUACGACGUCGCCGUCAACUACUACGACAUGGCCCUCGGUAACUCCACCUGGGAGCUGUACGUCGGCUGCGACAGGAUCGGCAAGUGGAAGGGCGAUCAGGAGUAUAUCCUCGGUCGUGCUCCCUCGCCGUACAUUGACGGCCAGACCGCCUCCCGUAUUACCUUUAAGGGGGUUCACAUCAAGAAGGGCAAUACCCUCAAGAUUGUCGGCCACCCGGAUGGGCUUGAGCCCGCGCCGCUGGAUUAUGUUUCCAUUUUGCCCGAGGGGACUGUGGAUUAA